AUGGAUUUACUACCGGAGGGGAAGAAAAACAAUACACAAGUUUCUUUUGAAGAUCAACAAAAGAUUAAUGAAUUUUCCAAACUUAUCAUGAGAAAGGAUUCCCUAGAACUGGAGUUGGCAAAACAAAGACAAGAAAAGGAAUACCUAGAAGAUGUGUCACUUGAAAUAGAGUUGCUAGAUGAGGAAGAAUUGGUUCAAUAUAAAAUUGGCGAUUUGUUUAUGUUAAUGAAACAGAGCGAGGUCGUUGAACAAUUAGAAAAGGAUUCAGAGAUUAUUGAUAAGACAAUCGACGAACUAGAGUCUAAAGAAUCCGACCUGGAUGGUAGAUUAAGUGAAUUGAAAACAGCUUUGUAUGCUAAAUUUGGAGAUAAUAUCAAUUUAGAGCGUUAA